AUGGCUGCCACACAGGAAAUGAUAUGUGACCAAGCUCAGAAAUUGCUCGAUAUCUCACUGACUGAUCCCCACCCUCGCGUACAUUGGGCUGCCAUUGAAGCAAUUAUAGAGAUAAUUACGGACUCUCAUCAGGAGCAUGUCCGAUAUCUAAAUAAGUUCCUCCCUAGACUAGUCACCAUAAUUAAAUCAGCUUCAAUUUAUCCACGUGUUCAGUUUCAUGCCGUUAUGGCAGUUCGUCACUUGAUUAACAAUUGUGAUAAUGAAGACGUGAAGUCGUUCUCGGAAGAUCUGGUGCCUGAAUUGCUAAAAUUUCUUCAGCAAGGCGAGAAGUUCCGGGAAGAAGCUAUGGAAAUUCUUAGAUCAUUGGCAGUAUCAUUUCCGGCCCUUUUUCGUAGAUACUAUCAGGAAACAGUGGGUUCUCUAAAACUCUUCGUGUCUGAAUCGUUGUUUGGGGCGAAAUCCAUAGAAUGCUUGAGUUAUAUUUUCUCCGGGUUUCUACGGGACCAGUCUCUUUCUCUCUUAACUGAUGCUCAAGAGGCAUUGGCUCAAUUGUGCAAAUUGCCACAGCUCGUAGCUGACAAAUUCCUUAACAUAAUCAUGCCCGUCUUGAUCCAGACUCUUGAAAACGCCAAUAAUAUUCCCUACACCAUGACGUUGACCAUUGCUCAGCAAAGUCCGACUUGCCCUGAGCAGACGCUUUUGGCCUGUGAUUUACUGUCGAAGUUCGCUGAUCGAUUCCAGGAACAAUUUGCACCUUGGGCUUCCCGGGUCUCUCCCCUUUUGACCCGCCUGUUCAGGAGUAAUAAUACUGCUGACCGUGAAGAUGCUAAAAUAGCAUCUGUUAAAGCCCUUCCAAGCGUAUUGCUCUCGUGCCAAGACAGAAGAGAGUCCCAAAGAACUCUGUUUAACUUCACUGUACGAGCACUGCUCGAAGCUUUAGAAGAGGAAAUGGAAAGAGCGAAGGGUAUUGCAAUGUUAAAAAGCCUCAAUUCAUGCAUUGCGAUCUCGGGAUCAGUUCUUGGUGCGGAUGUAAUCAAUCGGAUUGCUGAUUUGUUACACCAAGUACUCUCUCAGACGUCAUUUGCCAAUCUUCAAAAAGAGAUGGGACAAGGAGAAUUGUCUCCCGACUCGAUUGAUAAACUGGAGCAAGAGGAGGAAAUAAUUCAAGGUGCAACCUGCUUAGUGACAAUGAUAAAUACACUGAAGUCUGCGUUCUUAACUCAUAUUGACGAGCUUCUGCCAGCAGUUGAAGCGCUAUGGGGUCAUGAUAAUGGCUACCCAGAUAAAGUGAAAGCAGUGGCAAUCUCCAUUUUUAACUUGAUUUUGAAGGACUACCCGGAUAGAUUGCAAAGGUAUCUUGAUACAUAUGCUCUGGUCGUCAUGGAACUUUGUUACUCAGAAAGUCCUCAGCUUCAAUGGGAAGCUGCCCGUGGGAUUGGCUUAUGUGCUACACAUAGAGGACUUGUAUCCAACUUUGAUGCCCCUGUGGCUAUCGGCAGCCUAUAUCAUGUAAUAGAGUGUGGAAUCGAAUCAAAGAGGGAAAUGACAUAUGAUGCCGCUGUAUCAGCUUUGGGGAAAAUAUGUGAGUUCAGGCGUGAUAUUAUUGACGGCCCUCAGGUGGUUUCAAUCUGGCUAAACUUCUUGCCGUUAAGAAAUGACAGUCGUGAAGCUAAAUAUGCACACCAACAGCUCUGUAAAAUGUUAAAGAGGUUCGAUCAGGAUCUUUUAGGUACUGACAAUGAGAAUCUUGGUCAGGCUAUUCAAAUUUUAAACGAGAUUUUAUUACAAAGUGACUAUCUAGCAACUGAAGAAACGACAUGCUUGAUCAUUUCUUUGCUAAGCCAAUUUGGAGCCCUGUCAUAA